AUGGACGGCCACGGGAACCGCGAGAUCGUCCUCUGCCAUAAACCGUCGCGGACGCUGAUCGAGGCGGAUCUGCUGUUUAAUAGCCCGUGUACGGAGCAGUAUGCGUGCUCGGAGGAGUCGCCGACGGCUGGGCUGCUGAAUCGGUUGUUUAUGCCGUUGCUUGCGGCCAGGGCGAGUCCGCCGACGUGGCAUCGGCGGUUUGCGUGGUAUGCUCUGUCGAAGCCGGAUAGGGUGUCGUUCACGGAGUCGGUUAGGAGGAUCCAUAGUUGGGAUUUUGACCGUGUGAUUCCGUGUCAUGAGGAUGUCAUUGAGGAAGGGGGGAAGGAAGUGUUUCGUAGUGUUUUUGAGUGGUUUCUGGGGGAGGGGAAGAACUGA